UUACUAUUUAAUACUCUUAUCUCUCAUAAUAAACAUUGCUCUCACUUGAUACGUUCUCCGUGUAUAAAUAAUCAAAAUCAAAGUGAAAAACUUGAAUUGAAUUCACAACGAUGGAGGAAAAAACCCUAACCCUAACCCGUGGUGUUUCUGUUCUCCCAUGGGAACUGGUGAUUGAAAUCUUAUCAUGGCUUCCGGUGAAGACUCUGUUGCGAUUCCGGUGCGUGUCCAAGUCAUGGAAAUCCCUAAUCUCCGACGACAAAUCGUUCACGAAGCUGCACCUCAACAGAUCGCUUCAAAACGAGCACUUCCUCCUGAAAUUAGAACUCACCAAUUUUAUCGAAGAUGGCGUUUUUCCGAUCCCGGUGAGUCGUUUGCUUAAUGGGCCACCGUCGAUUGACGAUGACUGGUUCUCCCGUGUCAGGUACAACUACUCACAGAUCGACGAUGGCUGUGACCGCCGUUUCAAGUCCAUGUACUCCGAUUACUGUUCCCGUCUCAAAUCUGACUACUCAAUCCUCAAAUCUGACUACUCAAUCCUUGGCUCCUACAAUGGCUUGGUCUGUUUGCUAGGCUGGUAUGAAUUUUCCUACCCAACUGAACAGGUCUGGAUCCGCCUAUGGAACCCUGCUACACGCUCCAUGUCUCGCAAGUCACCAAUCUGUGCUGUCCCCUACGAUUCUUGGAAAUACUAUGGCUUCGGCUAUGAUCAUUCACGUCACGCUUACAAGGUGGUGAUGGUGCUUUGGGAUUGUGAUGAGAAAAAAAUGGAGACAAUAGUUUAUUGCAUGGGUGAUGCUUGUUGGAGAAAGGUUUCGAGCAACCAUGGUUUCCCACUUCGGCUCAAGGCAUUCGAAGGACAAUUCGUGGAUGGGUGUAUGAACUGGCUAGCACUCGACAAGUUGAAUUCCCAUUCUCAUUCCUGGAGAGAUGCCAAUGUUACUCUCGACCACUUGGAUCCACUUAAUGAUCAAAUUGAUUAUCAAAACUUUUUUCCUACUGAUGAGGAUUUGGAGGACUUCUUUAAGGAGUUAGCUGACACUACUGGAGAAACACCAACUAACCACACUGAACUAGAACAAGACAACAUUGUGGUUGAACAGGAUGGAAUUGAAUCAAUUGAUAAUCAAAUUGAUUAUGAAAGCUUUUCUCUUACUGAUGAGGAUUUGAGGGACCUCUUUAAGGACAUACCUGACAUUGUGGAACAAAACAACAACAUUGAGGAACCGAUCAAUGACAACAUCAAUGCAUGGGAUGAUUUUGUUGAAGAUGCACUCCCCUUGCCACCUGCUGGGAAGCCUAAUCCAAUCUACCUUCAGCAUAUUUGGCUGAAAAUUGAUGAUGUGAAAGUAAGUAUUUGUUGGUAACACUUUAAUAGCCAAGUUCCUUAUGUAUCCUUAUGUAACAUUUCAGUUUCAUUAAAACAUUGGAUAUUAAAGUGUUAGCCAAAUAGGCUGAAGGUAGAUUGGAUUAGGAUACUAUAUGCCAUCCAAGGUACACUCCAGUCCCUUCAAGAUAUCACCAAAGUUUACAUGGUUCAUGGUUGUCUCCUCAUUCCUCAAUAUAAAUUACAAAAUCCUAAACCCAGCAUGAUUGCCAAAAAACAGAAACACCUCAAAGAUUAUCAUAACUUGGCAUAUUCUUAAUUUUGAAAUUGAACCCCGCAUAUUGGGACAUAAUGAGGAUGGAACAAUGCCACGAAAUUCACGGUACCUGUUCUUCCAUCAUGUAACAGAAUCAUCAUGAUCAAGGUGUGACAAGUAAAUCAGAGUUUCACUCAAUCUGUAGAGUUA